GGGUUAACGGUUGGCAAGAGCCCCGUGUCACGUGACAGGCGCCAGUUGGAGUCAGGCGCUGGCAGCAAGCGGAAGAUGAACGAGGCGCAGGGCUCCCGUUACCGCAGCCGGGAGUGCGAGCAGAUGGACGCGGGGCUCGCGGCGCUGGGCCUACACCGCGUGGCAGUGGCGAGGGACGCGUCUAGCGUGUACAGGGUUGUGGCGCAAGAGAUAUUCUACACGCAGUCUAAACAUCGAGAAGUACGGAGAGAGUGUGCACAGUUUAUCCAAGGCAACAGUGAUUCACUCAAGAAGAUUUCAAAAAGCCCCCUGAAAUGUAUCGUCAACAGUGUCCUAGAUCCAAGAAUGCCAGCUGGCAAUGUGGAGAUGGCUGCCCUAGCCUUGUUGUACAGAUGUGAUUUUUUAAUCUACAGAGAGCCAAACAAACCACCGUUCAAGGCUACUAGCAAUGGAUUUUCCAAGAAGGUGAUGCUGUGCCAACGCUAUGAAGCGAAAUAUGAUGCUGUCUGUUCCAAAAACACGUACACAGCUGCAGCUAUUUGCCAGUCGAUUGUGUACAAUCUUUUGUACACGCGCGUGUUUGGGGUGAGUCCGGAUGUGGUGGCUCGUGAGGUGGAGUGGUUUCGCUUGCAGGAAGAGACUCAAGGUCGCCAUAAGGAGAUUCGGCAUCCCACUACCUUGGCCCGUGAUGGCAAGCCAUUGGUAGGAUAUUCAUAUGCUGAAAAGACUUCAAGAAAAAUAAUUAAAGCUGGCCAGGCUCACUUUCCAGAGUUUCCUUUCCGAGUGCUGAAAUCGCUGGACUCAGAAAUAUAUCGCAAUGUGGAGUUUGAUGUCUGGAUUGAUUCUGCAAGAGGCUACACAAUGACAAGAUUUCCAGUUUUGGAGUUUUCAGGGGGUGAAAAGUGCGAGGUGCAGUUGAAGCCUGGAGGGAGGCAUCAUGUUAUGCUGGAGAGCGUUCGUGCCAUGGGUUGCCAAUCAGCUUCUGAAAGGAUGAUGGGCGUCCACGGUGCGCCAUCCAGACAGCUUUUCGAGAUGCCUAUUCAGCACCGGAAGCAUGAACGUUAUUACGGACACUUAAGUCAUUCUUAUCGACAAGACUACCCUUCAUAUUCUGGUCGUCUCACUGGAUCGGGCUCCUUGUACAAAGGCCAUUCGAAUGGCCAACAUUGCAAGCCCCCAAGAAAGAUGGAAAGGCCUCCUGCUCACGGAUCAGAGGAGCGGUUCGGUGGCGUGAAAAGCAGCCGUACUGCCGUUCAAGCGGAGCUCUCUUCAACCAGUGACGUGCAGGAACCCAAUUCUGGAUUGACCGACUUUACUGGAGAAUAUGACAGCCCUGGCGCAGACCAUUGUGAGCAGACAGAAAAUGGGUCCAAUGUAUUAAUAUUGGAUACAAAUUGCGUGGACAAAAGUGAAGAAGGCACAGAAGACCCAAAUGUGACUCCACUAAAUAUUCCAGUAGUGGAUGGUGAAAAUGCUUGUGAAGAGACAUCUGGGCAGUCAAUUCCAGCCAGUGCCUCAACGUUGCCGUCUUCUGUCCAACAACCCAUAGCCCCCAUAUAUUCUCAGCUUGCGUACCCGAAGGCAGUUCCAUCGUGUGUUUAUUUAUUGCCGCCAUGGAAGGCUGAAUGCGUUAACGAGUUGGGGGAAGUUGUGUCCAGUUCUCCGCCAUUUUCAUUUGAUCCCAACGCAAGUGAUCUCCCACAAGAUAGGAAAAUACUGCAGUAUUUUUUCAAUCGCGGUCUACAGAGUUGGUGGCACGAGAGGGCAUAUGCCCAAAACUACUUGGAGUCGGGGUCUGGCCAUGAAGCACCCCUGUACCAAGAGGCCCUCAAACCUCACUUGGACACAGCCACAAGUCCAAAUCCACCCACCUUGCAACUCCAGACCCAGCCUCUGGGGGCUCAAACAGCAGCACCUUACCAUCAUGCUUACACCUCUGUCAACCCAGGUGGCCCACAGCCAAUAUUUGUCCAACCCAUGCCACAACAUCAGCUGCCAUACUCCCAUGCGCCCACCAUGGCCCUCCAUACACCAUGGCAAAGGGGGCUGUUGCAAUGGAAACCCAGAAUGCUUUGACGGUGUGAGUUAUCUGAUACACUGGGUCAUGUGUAGCCUGCCACCCAGAAAUUAGAGUUCUCAAGGGUUGCUAAUCACAAAUACAUUUAGGCCAUUCUUAGUCAUGGAGGGGUUUAGGCUUUGUUUUGGUUCAAUUGAACUGGGUCCAAACCAUUAACCUUGAGCCAGCUCUGAGCAUGGGCCUAGCUAUGCUUAGGCUUUCUAUAAGCUGAGCUUGAGCAAAGUAAUUCCAAUCAGAAAUGUGACAUUUGACUAACUUGCUUUGACUGUAAACAUUACUGAAGCUAUAUUACAAAUGUUGUGAAACUUAACGCUUCAUGUAAACGUGUGGUUAUGCAGUAGUAUGGAAAGUUUGUUAACUAAUUAGCUAAAUGUUGUGAUUUUUCAUUGACAUUGAGUUCUGCUCAGGUACGUUUGGAUAGGUAUGCCUCUAAUCUGCCACUCAUAAUUUAGAAAUAUUUCAGACUUGACUCAAAUACAGUGAAUCCCAUACACACUUAGGCUCAGUCACGGCUCCGCUCAAAUUAACUGCUUAAAAGCCAUACUUGCACGCUGGCUCAGAACACAAUUCCAGCCAUGCUCAGGAUUCAUAAUAAGUUUUUUGGUUAGAUCGUGUAAACAUGUCAUUAAACCCACCACCACCCAACACAGCCAAUUAGUAAGGUUUGUCACAAAAUAUUCCAAUUCGUUACUAGUACAGCACACUGGUGUGUUGUGUUUACUCUCCACAUGAGUGUGCUGUACUAGUAACGAAUUGGCAUGUUUUAUUUACGUGACAAACGUUACAAAUUAGCUGUCAGGUGGUGGCGGGCUUAACCACAUGUAUUUGUGAUCCAACCCAAAAAAACCUCUUUUUGCAAAAGCCUGUGUUAAAUGCUCAGGAUUUUUGGAAGAUUAGCAAAGCCAUGCCUGAGCCACUUGCGUGUCUGUGGAACAGUGGCCCAAGCUGGAUGGGAGCUGUAACUUGGAAUAUGGCCCUUGCAGUACAUUUACUAACCUGUAAAAACACGAUUUGCAUUUUUUGAAAAUAAGAAAUGUUGAUAAAUGAUUGUAGCACUAAA